AUGGUCUACACCUUAUCUCCAGUCUCCACCCUCAGUAUCCAGCAAACCCCUGCAAAAACCUCCAUCUAUGGCCACCAUAUUGAACCACGACCCAUACAGAACCCAUUUCUAAUACUUGAAAUUCUUGAUGUUCCUCUCUCCAUCUCACUCAAAACCUACAUGAUUUCUUCUCCCACUACAGCUAUGGAGCUCUGUUCACCCUUCAAACCCCUCUCAAAACCUGAACUAUCUUUCUCAUCCUCAUUCUCACCCUUCCCCUUCCAAAUCCACCUCAGAAUACCAAGAAUUACACAACCCACGUACCCAAAUUUCCGUAUUUUGGCCGUUGCGGUUGACCCAAAAGAACUCCCACGAAACAGCCCCCAAAGACUUCUCAAAGAGCUCGCACAGCGUAAAAAAGUCGUAUCUCCUAGGAAAAAAGUACCCCCGAAAAGAUUCAUAUUAAAACCCCCACUUGAUGAUAAGAAAUUAGCUGAAAGAUUUCUAAACAGUCCCCAAUUGUCACUCAAACAGUUCCCUUUAUUGAGUUCUUGUUUACCAUCUUCUCGGCUUAACAAUGCUGAUAAGACCUGGAUUGAAGAGUACUUGCUUGAGGCCAAGCAAGCUCUUGGGUACCCAUUAGAGCCAUCAGAUAAUUAUGGGGACGAUAACCCAGCUAAACAAUUUGAUACGUUGUUGUACUUGGCUUUUCAGCACCCACAUUGUGAGAGGACUAAUGCUCGGCACAUCCGGUCGGGGCAUUCAAGGUUGUGGUUCUUGGGGCAGUACGUGCUUGAAUUAGCGUUGUGUGAGUUUUACUUGCAAAGGUAUCCGAGGGAGUCGCCAGGUCCAAUGAGGGAGAGAGUGUAUGCAUUGAUUGGGAAGAGGUAUCUUCCCAAGUGGAUUAAAGCUGCAAGCUUGCAAAAUUUGGUAUUUCCAUAUGAUGAUAUGGAUAAGUUGCUCCGGAAGGACCGAGAACCCCCUGUGAAGUAA